AUGUCAUCAGGCCCUGUUGUGGAGAGUGAGGAUAGUAGUGCACAGGCCAAUCUGGCAGUGACUUCAGGGUACAGUGAAGGUCCCCCCUCCCACCUGGCAGUGACUGUGUGGAGAGCCACUGGCCUCAGAGCUAAGACCUUCCGUGGGGGCAGCAACCCUUACGCUAUCCUCCAGCUGGGGAAAAAGGAGAAUCACCACCCCUGUCAUCCACGGUACCCUGACCCCCCGCUGGAACUGUGAGCUCACCUUCCCCCUGCCCUCCUCGGCCCCCCGGGAUGGCACCACCGAAGCCCUGACCCUGACCAUCCGCCACCGACGCACACUGCUGGCCCUGCCUGAUAGGUUCCUGGGUACUGUGAGAUUCAGGCUGGAGGAUGUUAUCAAGAAGCAGGACGGGAACAAAGAGUGAGUUGAGGAAAACUGAUUUCCACUAAUGUCAUGUAAAUACAGUGGGCUCCAAAAUUACUGGCACCCCUGACUGGCAAUGCACAAACAAUACUUUAAAAAAACAUAAACAAUAUAAUUAUACAGAUAAACUCAAAAUACCAACAUGUGAGAAAUACUGUACUAUAUUAAUGUUUCAAUGGAACCUACCAAAAUCAUACAAUUAUUUAAUACAAAAUAAAUGUCACCAAAAUCAAGGUUUCAUAAUUAUUGGCACUCCUCAUUUAGUACUUAGUGCAACCACCUCUGGCAGGGAUAACAGCAUGGAGUCUUUUCCUGUAAUGUUUGACAAGGUUAAGGAACACAUUUGGAGGGAUUUUGGACCAUUCCUCUAUGCAGAUCCUUUCAAGAUCCUUCACAUUCUUGCGCUUAUCAACUGCCCUCUUCAACUCAGCCCACAGAUUUUCGAUUGGAUUGAGGUCCGGUGACUGAGAUGGCCAUGGCAGAACAUUGAUUUUGUAGUCACAGAACCAUUUCUGUGUGGAUCUUGAGGUAUGUUUUGGGUCAUUAUCUUGUUGGAAAGUCCACCUACGGCCAACUCCCAGCCUUCUGGCAGAGGCAACCAGAUUGUCAGCCAAAAUUGCCUGAUACUUGGUGGAAUUCAUUAUGCCAUUAAUCUUAACCAGUGCCCCUGGACCUCUGGAAUUAAAACAGCCCCAAUACAUCACUGACCCACCACCAUAUUUCACCGUGGGUAUGAGGUGCCUCUCCAUGUAUGCAUCUCUGUUUCGACGCCAAACAUGCCGAUGCUGUAUCUGACCAAAACAUUCAAUUGUGGUCUCAUCUGACCAGAGCACCUUCUUCCAGUCAUAAUUUAAAUGACGUUUGGCAAACUCCAAGCACUUGCAUCUGUGUCUUGGGGUCAGAAAGGGCUUUUUUCUGGCAACCCUUCCAAAGAGCCUGUGGUUGUGGAGGUGGCGUCUGAUGGUGCUUUUUGAAACCUGGUGACCCCAAGACGCCACCAAGGCCUGCAAUUCUUUCACAGUGAUUCUUGGGGAUUUUGUUGCUUCUCUCACCAUCCUCCUCCCUAUCCUGGGGGGCAAAAUGCAUCUGCGUCCUCUAUCUGUGAGGUUUCCAACUGUUCCAUAUCUUAUACAUUUUUUAAAUAACUGCCCUGACAGUGCUAUAUUCAAUCGUUUGUGGAUCUUCUUGUAGCCAUUACCAGAUUUAUGAAGGUCUACAAUCAUCUAUCUCUUUUGAACUGCCAGUUCUUUUGUUUUCUUCAUGGUGUUGGAUGACAAAGGGAUAUUUUUAUUUAUUUAUUUUUAUUUUACCUUUAUUUAACUAGGCAAGUCAGUUAAGAACAAAUUCUUAUUUACAAUGACGGCCUACACCGGCCAAACCCGGACGACGCUGGGCCAAUUGUGCGCCGCCCUAUGGGACUCCCAAUCACGGCCGGUUGUGAUACAGCCUGGAAUCGAACCAGGGGGUCUGUAGUGACGCCUCAAGCACUGAGAUGCAGUGCCUUAGACCGCUGCGCCACUCGGUCUGUAGUGACGCCUCAAGCACUGAGAUGCAGUGCCUUAGACCGCUGCGCCACUCGGGAGCCCGAGUCCAUAUUGCAUGCGUGUUACCUCAUUUUUAUACCCUAGUGAAACAGGAAGUGAUGUAAUGGCUCAAUACAGUUCCUUAAGACUUAGAUCAACUUAAAUAAGUGGAAUUUAAUUCCUGGUUUAAUUUUGGUAGAUUUAUUUACAAUAAUCUUUAAGGGUGCCAUUAAUUGUGAAACCUUGAUUUGGAGGACAUUGAUUUUUAAUUAAAUCAAUAAAUGAUUUUGGUGGGUUCCAUUGGAACAUUAAUAUAGUACAGUAUUUCUCACAUGUUGGUAUUUUGAGUUUAUCUCUAUAAUUAUAUUGUUUAAAGUAUUGUUUGUGCAUUGCCAGUCAGGGGUGCCAGUAAUUUUGGAGCCCACUGUAUAUGCCAUUUAGCAGACUCUUUCAUCCAAAGCAACUUACAGUCAUGCGUGAAUACAUUGUUUACGUAUGGGUUGUCCUGGUAAUCGAACCCACUAUCCUGAGAGCCAUGCUCUACCAACUGAGCUACAGAGGACCAGUAAUGUAUCAAAUGUAAUGUACAUGAUGUAAUGUAUAUGAUGUACCCCAUCUGGUGGCAUAUUGUAUACUGUAGAGAUCAUAUUUCUAUAGCUCAUGCAAACAUACAUUUAAAGCUGUGAUCUGUGAACUACUCACAAAUGAAGAGCAAGAAACGCGUUUGUUUUUUUGCAGAUGGUUUGUCCUCAAUUCUGUGCCGAGGAAGAAGCCAAAGAAGCGUGGGCAUGUGGAAGUGUCUUUCAGGCUGUACAGAGAGCAUAGCAGCCUUCCCUCCCAGACCCCACUCAAACCUCACCCAGAAACCACUCCAACCCCUCACCCAGACCCCACUCCCAACCCCUCACCCAGAACCACUCCCAACCCCUCACCCAGACCCAACUCCCAACCCCUUCACCCAGAACACUCAAACCCCUCACCCGACCCACUCCAACCCCUCACCAGACCACCCCUCACCCAGACCCACUCCCAACCCUCACCCAGACCCACUCCCAACCCCUCACCCAGAACCACUCCCAACCCUCACCCAGACCCACUCCCAACCCCUCACCCAGAACCACUCCCAACCCCUCACCCAGACCCACUCCCAACCCCUCACCCAGACCCACUCCCAACCCCUCACCCAGACCACUCCCAACCCCUCACCCAGAACCACUCCCAAACCCCUCACCCAGAACCACUCCCAACCCCUCACCCAGACCCACUCCCAACCCCUCACCCAGACCACUCCCAACCCUCACCAGACUCCCGACCUCCAACCUCCCCAGACCCACUCCCAACCUCCUCACCCCAGAUCCACUCCAAAUCACUCUCCCUCUCCCUCUCCCACUCACAACCCUGCACCCUUCUCUCCCACUCCACAAGCCUCUCCCAGCCCUCCAACCUUCCCUCCUGCUCCACAAGCCUCUCCCAGCCCUCCAACCUUCCCUCCUACUCCCCAAGCCUCUCCCAGCCCUCCAACCUUCCCUCCUACUCCCCAAGCCUCUCCCAGCCCUCCAACCUUCCCCCCCCACUCCCUCAUCCAGCCUCACUCCCAAUCCCACUUCCACUUCCAACCCUCCUCCAUCUGCACCAAGAGUGACACACACUGCUCACCACCUUCUGUUCAGGGCAGUCCUUUAAGGGAGGAACAUGACAGCAGUUCUAGGAUAGAAUAG